GAUCUGCAAAACACUUUUUCCUUAGAAUAUUAUAAUUAUAAUUAGGAGGUUUUCCAUGUUACUCUAGUAACCAAUAAAUAUGAUCUGUCUGCCACUGAUCUCUGUGCACUGUCUAAACACAAAACAAGGACGACAUGGUGCCAAUCAGCCCCACCCCUUAUGCAGUUCUUUACCAAUAUUGAGAAUAUAAGGUUCAGUGUUUCAUCAUCAAUUAAUGGUAAUGAAAAUGAGCUUGAUUGGCAAUUUUAUGUAUUGUUUAGCUGAUGACCGCUUGCUAGAAGCUGUCAAAUUUCUGGAUCUCAGUAUUGGUGCUGUUUGGGAACUGCUUCAGGCAAUGCUGAAUCCCGACUUUAGAAAACGGCCAAUUGCAGAAUCUGUUCUCAAUCAUCAAUUCCUGACUGCUGCUGUUCAUAGUUCCAAAGAUUGAACAUACAUACCAUCUUUUUGUCGGCCCAUGGCUCUUUAAGUGAGUUCAAAUUUUAUUUAUGAACUAUUUCUUUUCUUCGUUAUAGGACAAACUCUUCAGAAUGUAUAAUUACUUAACAGCUAGUAGCUUCUAGAGAUGUUUCAUGGUACCGAAUUGCUAUAUUGCUUUGGUUUGCCUGUUUAAUCAAUGAUAUCUAGAAGU